AUGUUACGACCCGGCUCCUCCCUCCUCAAGAGGCUGGACGCGAGACUGGCCGGCACAUGCUCAAGGGUCCGAUAUCUCUGGACGGGCGAGGACUCGACGAAAGGGUCCCGAAAGCGUCUUCUCCUGUUCGACAUCGCCAGCAAUCAAUCGCCCUUUUCCAUCCAUAGGGUUCACUCGUCCAACUCAUUCUUGCGCAACCAGCACUCGUUCUCCCCGAACACGAUCCGCUCGCGGCUGGCCCUGCACUACAAGGGCAUCCCCUACACAGAAUCCUGGAUCUCGUACCCGGACAUCGAGCCGCUCUGGCAGGAAUUGAAGAUCCCGGUUCCACCGCGGCGAGAGGAUAUCUCGGGAAAUAACAAUAAGCGGCCGCCGUCGCCGUCUUGUACCUUGCCCAUCCUGCUUCUCGACGCCGAUGACUUUCGUCACGAUGCCUUGAACAGAUUACACGAUGCAAAGAUUCCGGGGGUCUACGAGACGGUGCAGACGAGGUACGGCAUCUUCACGCCUGUGGUCUCGACGCUGGGCAUCGCCUUGGCCCUCGAAAUGCUUUUCCGGGACCCCGAACGGUAUCCUCCUUUAUUCCCCGACCGCCAGUCCCUGGAACAGACACAACAGGUGCAAUCCAUUAUCACUCGUCUCCUCCCUGCCACACGUCGGCUGAUCAUCCCUUCCGUGCCCGACAUCCUCGACGACAGAGGGAAAGAGUACUUCACCCGCACACGCAGCAAAUGGUUCGAUGUCUCUUCCCUCGACGAGCUCCGGCCCAGGACCCCCGAAGAGACAGAUCGGCUGUGGGCCAAUAUCGAAGCUGAACUUGAGCCCAUCCUGUGCACCCUCCACGACAGUCCACUGGUGAGAGGUCCGGAGCUGCACGACGCCCUGGACUGGAAUGCCGAAGUGGGUGCGAGCGAACAGAAUGAUGGCGGCCACCACGCAUCUGCUAGCCGCGUGCGCUACCUCUCCGGUGGACCCUACCCGACCUACGCAGAUUUUAUACUCAUGGCGUUCCUGGCCUGGAUCGCCCGCGUCGACAUGGACGCCUGGGCGCGCUUGACGUUCUAUAUCGGUCGCGGCGUCCUCGAGGAUCUCUGGAUGGGCUGCCUGCCCUACCUCCGCAGUGGCGGCUAUGUUGGGACGCUGGAGUGGUUCCGGCCCGCGCGCAGGCAGACCGGUCAACACCCCAGCCAUUUAUCGUGGAAAUGA